AUGGAAAAUAGCUGGGAAGACGCUAGUGACGAGUUUUUUUUAAACGCGUAUGAUGCGUUUGUUUGCGAAUCAAUCAAUAAUAUUGAUAAUGAUAGUUUUGACUGUGGAGUGAGCGAUAGCCAAAUUAUGGUUGGCGCGCAUGGCUGGACACACAGAGUCCUCGAGUGCCCCUUAGUUACAUCAACCCAAAUAAUUCCGGGAGAGAAGUCCUUCACUUCAGCUCUCACGUUAGCCGAAGAAUUCAUCAGAGAAGAUACAGUUCGCGCUCUACCCACAAAUUUAGAUGAUUAUUUAAAGGAGACAGCCGUAAACAUUGUCUCAACAAUAAAUAACAAUUAUUCGGAGGAGCAGAAAAUCAAUAUCAACCCAUUUAUCAUGGAAUAUGAGCAUCAAGGUAAUUAUCAAAAUUUUGAUGAUAAUUGCAAUAUUUUUGAAUUUGUAAUAAACUGUUUUUUUUUUUUUUAUUUUUCAGGACAAGGCGGACUUUCAGAGUUCAUCCUGGAGAAAUCAUCAGAAUUGAUUUACAGUAUUUUAGAGGCCUUCUUCAUUAGAGGAAUUGAUUUGAGUGAAACCCAAGAAAUUAGCGACUUGGAUGCAGAGGCGACGGAGGAGAAUUCAGCCAUUACAUCUAUACCAAUAGUUACAUUGGGUGAAGAAGAGGAGACAUCGGUCAUUACACCAGUUCCAGUGCUAACUUUGGAAGAUGAGUCAAAAGAUAUUUUUGAUUUGUCAUUAGAGGAUGGUGAAACCAAAGAAAAAGGAACGACUCCCUUAUCUCAAGAGAUGAAUAGAGUCAUUAAGGAAAUCGUCAAAUUUCGGGGGAAAAAAAAAGAGGACCGCAAAUAAGUG